UACGGGGAGGAGUCUUGAAACACGACACAUUAUGAUAACUUCCUGCUCUAAACAACCUUUCCCGACAAAAAAUCUCUUUCUAAAGAACCAGUUGACAGCAUUUCCCAGGUUUCAGUAAUACAGAAGAGGGGAAAUGGAUUUUCUGCUGUUUUCCGCGACUACAUGGACUUUAGUGGCUCUUGUUGUCACUCUGUUAUUACUGUAUGGAAUCUGGCCAUACAGAUUUUUCAAAAAGGUUGGCGUAUCUGGACCGAGGCCCCUGCCUUUUAUUGGAAACCUGUACGGUAUCAGAAAGGGACUUCAGUUUGACCGUGACAACAGGUCCAAGUAUGGGGAUGUCUGGGGUUUGUUUGAGGGGCGAACCCCAGCGUUGAUCGUGGCUGACCCCGAGAUGAUAAAAGCCAUUUUGGUGAAGGAGUGCUACACUGCAUUUACAAACCGCAGGAUUGUCUUUGAGGACAGUGGACCUCUGUAUGAUGCCAUCACAGCAGUGAAGGAUGAAAGGUGGAAACGAAUUCGCAGCACCAUAUCUCCAUGUUUCACCAGCGGAAGACUUAAGCAGGUUUUUCCCUUGGUUGCUCGCUACGCAGAUCGACUCAUUGUGAAGCUGGGAAAAAUGAACCUGGAUGAGCCCGUUCUUGUCAAGCAACUCGUUUCGCCAUACAGUUUGGACGUGGUGACCAGCGCCUCCUUCAGCGUGGAGACGGACUCCAUCAACAACCCCAAUGACCCUGUUAAAGUUCACAUGGAGAAGGUUAUGAAAAUCAACUUCUUGCCAUUUUUGCUCUCUGCAAUCUUUCCUCUUGCUCGUUACCUGCUGAAGCUCUUCAAGGUUGAGAUGUUAUCCUCAUCCAGUUUGAACUUUUUUAGCGACAUCAUUAAGAAAUUUAAAGAUCAACAUAAUGCAGAGGUAUCGACUCGUGGAGACUUCCUGCAAGUGAUGAUUCAGAGUGAGAUCCCAGAAAGCGACAUAAAGAGCGAACAUGAGCAACCAACUAAAGGUCUGACUGAGCACGAGAUCCUUUCCCAGGCCACGAUUUUCAUCUUCGCUGGCUUCGAGACCACCAGCACAACCCUGUCGUUCAUCCUUUAUAACCUGGCCAUCUACCCUGAUAUCAUGCGGACGCUGCAGAAGGAAAUUGACGACCGCCUACAGAAUAAUGCUUCCAUCUCCUACAAGGACCUUAAUAGUCUGGAGUACCUGGACCAGGUGUUGUGGGAGUCGCAGCGAAUACUCCCCUCUGCGCCGCGACUCGAGAGGGUAUGCAAAAAGACGAUGGAGAUUAAUGGCAUCACCAUCCCAGAGGGAACGUUAAUUGGGAUCCCAGUGCAUUUGGUGCACAUGGACCCACGGUACUGGAGUUCGCCCGAACUCUUCAAACCAGAGAGGUUUAGUAAGGAGAAUGAGAAGGAUCUGAACCCGUACGCUUACAUGCCGUUCGGACUCGGCCCUCGGAACUGUGUCGGGAUGCGAUACGCGAUCCUCGUCAUGAAGAUGCUCAUCGUUCGCAUCCUGCAGAAUUACUCUCUGGAAACGUGCAGAGACACCCUGGUCCCAAUUCAGUUUGACUGGAAGUUCCAACCAAUCAAGCCUGUGAAGCUGAAGUUUGUUCCCAGAGAACUAUAAUGGAAGAGUUAUUAAUUUUUGACUUGUUUGAGUAUGUUGCGUAAUUCCACCACACUAGCUUGACUUAAAAAUAAUUACAUAAAACCCGAUGGUUUGAAAUAAUCAACAAUUCUUGGAAUUAUAAAUGAGGACUUCUAAUUAUAAAAAAUCAUGUGCCAACACUGGCAUCAUCAAGUAUGUAAAAACAUUAAUAAAUAGCAAUAAUAACCUUUCUUUUGACAUUUUGAGCAGUCCCAAUGCUGUCUUUCUGCUACACAUGGUGUUGCUAACGCUAAAGAGUGUUAGCACUCCUGCAAGACAUUGUGUGUAGUUUUUUAAAAAACAUUUUAACAAAAAUAAUUACUGAUGAAAAAUGAUUGGCAAACUAAAAACUUUUAUGUCAACAUAUAGGCCCCAGAUUUUGAUCAAACUAAAAAGCAAAAACUACAACUGCUUGUGAACAGAUGGACAGUUUCUCUCUCUCUCUCUCUUUUUUUAAUUUCCAAAAGAUUCAGCAGAGCUGGAAACAAAAGAGACAAAAAGUGAGACGGGUUAAUUUCAUCUACAUAUGUGAAUGAAAACAAGGCUUUAUUGGUAUUUUUUUUCUGCAACUUAAUAAGUAUAAUUUAUUGUCAGUUAAACUAUUAUGACAUAAAAAAACAGUGAUAAACUGUAUUAUUUAAUAUUCAGAUAGGAUCCAGUUGUGUUGGGUUGUAUUAAAAUCUCUGGGGGGAGGAAGAGAAAAAAAAUAAAAAUAAAUCACUGUUAAACAGCUUUCUGGGGUUUCCUGAUGUGCACUAAAUUCUAAUUUUACUUUUGUAAUAAAUUUCACAUUCCACAAUUCGUGUGAAAUUUCACAUUCAUGUUAACAACUCAUAAAUAUGAGUUGUUAACAGUUGUAACAACAUUCACAGGUUGUUGGUGAAAAUCUUUAAUCACAUCACACUUCAGCCAAAUGUUUUUUUUUUUUUUAAGGAUAAUUUUAACUUGUGUUAUAAACAUGUUUAGUAAAAAUUUAGCCUAACUAGUUAUUGCUUUUCAGGAAACCUCAGUAGCUCUAAAAAGAUUUCCAGCAGAGGGCGCCAAAGUGGCGUCAUCGUUAAAACAGGAGUCAUAUUACACCAAGUCAGCUGCUGGUUUUAUGACAAAAUACCUUUGCUUUAACUUUUUUUCUGUAACACUGAUCUUUAUUUAUAACAAACCUAAAAUAAUCAAAUUACAUCUGGGUGCCAGAGCACCAAAACAAAGGAAACUAUAAUGAUUGAGUUUGGGGG